CGUGAGAUCGCAGCGCUGUUUCCGGGCUGUGUAGUCCGGGGCCCGUGACGCAGCUCGGUGCAGGGAUCGGGAUCUGUUCGCUGGGCCCCCAAGAGCCGCUCGCCAUGGAGGCCGUGCCCCGUAUGCCCAUGAUAUGGUUGGACCUCAAGGAGGCCGGGGAAUUCAGCUUUACCCAGGCCGUCAAACAGUUUGUUUUAAAGCAUUAUGGAGAAAACCCUGAGAAUUACAACGAGGAGCUGAAGAAACUGGAGCAGCUGAGACAGAGUGCUGUGAAUGUACCCCGAGAUUUUGAAGGGUGCAGUGUGCUCCGUAAGUACUUUGGACAGCUUCACUACCUCCAGAGCAGGAUACCCAUGGAGUCUGAACAAGAUGCAAGUGUUCCAGUCACAUGGGCCGAGAUCUUCUCAGGGAAAGCUGUAACUCAUGAUGACAUAAAGUAUGAGCAAGCCUGCAUCUUGUAUAACCUCGGUGCACUGCACUCGAUGCUUGGAGCCAUGGAUAAACGGGUCUCAGAGGAGGGGAUGAAGGUUUCCUGCACCCAUUUUCAGUGCUCAGCUGGGGCCUUUGCCUACCUUCGGGAUCACUUUGCACACUCCUACAGCGUGGAUAUGAGCCACCAGAUCCUUAAUCUGAACAUUAACCUCAUGCUGGGGCAGGCCCAGGAGUGUCUGCUGGAGAAGUCCAUGCUGGAUAACAGAAAGAGUUUUCUUGUCGCCAGAAUUAGCGCCCAGGUGGUGGAUUAUUACAAGGAAGCCUGCCGAGCCUUGGAGAACUCUGAGACGGCUUCUUUACUGGGCAAGAUUCAGAAGGACUGGAAGAAGUUGGUACAGAUGAAGAUCUACUACUUUGCAGCCAUUGCACAUCUGCACAUGGCGAAGCAAGCAGAAGAGCAGCAGAAGUACGGAGAACAGGUUGCUUACUUGCAAAGCGCUUUGGACAAACUCAAUGAAGCUAUCAAACAGUCGAAGGGGCAGCCAUCAGCAGUGCAGGAUGCUUUGAGAUUUACUAUGGAUGUGAUUGGUGGAAAGUUUAAUUCCUCCAAAAAGGAUAACGAUUUCAUAUAUCACGAAUCUGUCCCCACACUGGAAUCCCUGCAAGCCGUCAAAGGGGCCCCUCUGGUUAAGGCUCUUCCAGUGAAUCCCACUGACCCGGCGGUAACUGGACCAGAUAUUUUCUCCAAACUUGUACCGAUGGCUGCACACGAAGCAUCCUCACUCUACAGUGAAGACAAAGCCAAAUUGCUGCGAGAAGUCAUGUCAAAGAUUGAAGCCAAAAACGAGGUUCUCGAUCAAUUUACAGAUUCCCUUCAGCUGGACCCAGACACCGUUGAUAACCUAGAUAUGUACACUCACAUUCCCCCGGCACUAAUGGAGAAGUGUGCAGCACUCAGCGUGAGACCGGACACCGUUAAGAGUCUAGUCCAGUCUAUGCAGGUUCUCUCCGGGGUGUUCACGGAUGUAGAGUCUUCUCUGAAGGAUAUCAAAGACCUGCUGGACGAAUAUGAGAACCAAGAGAAGAAGCUUCAGGAGGAAGUUGGUAAACCGGUCCCAUCACCCUCUCCAUCAUCCCCUUCCAUGGCUGAAGUAAGCAAAGAAUGGACCAAAUACAUGGAAGUCCACGAAAAGGCCAGCUUCACCAACACGGAGCUACAUAAAGCAAUGAAUCUACAUAUCAGCAACCUGCGGCUGCUCAGCGGACCACUAGACCAGCUUCAACAAGCCCUACCGGCGCCCAACCUGACCGAAGAGGACAAAGCCGUGCUCCUGAACCUGAAGCGUAUACUAAGCAAAGUGCAGGAGAUGAGAGAACAGCGCGUCUUGCUGGAACAGCAGCUUCGAGACACCAUCCAGAAAGAUGAUAUCACUACCUCACUGGUUACCACUGACCGUUCCGAGAUGAAGAAACUAUUUGCUGAACAGCUGAAGAAGUAUGACCAGAUCAAGGUCUACAUUGACCAGAACCUCUCAGCUCAGGAAAACAUUCUGAAAGCCCUUACUGAAGCCAACGUCAAAUAUGCGCCAGUCAGGAAGAUCCUGGGGGAAUCUGAGCAGAGAUGGAACCAUACAGUGCAGACACUCAUCGCAUCUUAUGAGGCCUAUGAGGACCUGAUGAAAAAGUCUCAGGAGGGCAAGGAUUUCUACGCUGACCUUGAAAGCAAAGUGGCAAGGCUCCUGGAGAAAGCUCAGUCUGUGAAUGAAGCGUACAGCGCCAGCCGGCAGCAGAUCCUGGAGAGAGAACUUAAAAAGAAACCUCCACCUCGCCCAACAGCCCCUAAGCCAGCAUUGGAGAAAGUUUCAGAUGUGGAUCUUGGCAAUCUCCCGGCUGCAGACCUCGCAGAAAUACAGCAGUUCACUUCUCUAUUCCUUUCCGAUCUGCCAGAGGAGUUGAAAAGCCUGCCCCCAGAUGUUCUUGCCGCUCACAUUGACCGCUUAUCUGCUAAUGCCUUUGGUGCAUAUCACGGAUUACCGGCUCCUGGGACAGAUGUAUACAGAAUUGACAGGACAGCCAGUGCGCCCAUGCCUGAUCGACAUGCAGUGCCCUUCAGCCAGGCUCAUUAUAAUGCUGUAUCUGGAAAUGUACCACAGUACGGCAUCCCAGGCCACCCCUUGCCACCUGUAACAUACAACAAUGCCCCUCAAGUGAGUGCUGCUCAUGGUGUUCAUUCACCGUUCAUGCAUGCACGGGCUCCUCAGCCAGGCAUAUCAGCUGCCAUGCCAACCUCUUCCUCCUCACAGAUUCCACAAAUGUAUCCAGUGGGCUCAAUGAUCAGGACACCGGGAUCUGUUCCUUUACCGUCUGGUUACCAAUGUGGUGUACCGCCACCACAAAGAUCCCCUCAGCACACACCAGUCCCCGUCUCUGCAGCAAUACCAGGUGCCCCUCAGUUUAAAUUAAAUAAUGCAGGGCAGUUUGGGAUGGGUCAGCAAGUCCCAACCUCAGGAUAUAUGCGUGGUCCUUUAAACCAGCCUGUGCCAGUCAGACCUGAUGUAAACCAGUGCUUCCAGGGCCCAUCCCCUAGAGAUCAUUUCCAGCCACCGUUGACACAAGGUAUCCGUCCAGCCACAACCACCGUGGACAGUAUUCAAGGUCCUAUUUCAAGUUAUACAACCCCUAGACUUCACGGUCCCAUCCAAGGCGGUGCACCACUCACAAACCAUACAAUGCCACCAGCUCCAAUACAGGGCAAUUAUAUGGGUCCUCCUGGAGGAAUGGUUCAGCCAGCUCCCUUUCCUUACAGCCAGAGUGCAGUUCCAAACUACAUCCAGCAGCCUCAGACCCGUUUACCACAUGCUCAGCCAACUCAAAUGUUUCAACCUCCCAGUCAGCCCCAGCCUAGAGUGGAUAUGCAACUAAGACCUCAGAGCUUUCCUGGGCAGCAGCAGUAUGCGCCUGUACCACCAUUUACUGGUAACAUGCAGACACCCCUUCAUCCACAUCAGUCGAUGUACCAAUCGCAGGGUCAGCCCCCUCUGAUUCCUCAAGCAACACCAGUUCCUCCUCAGCAGCAUUAUCAGCAGUUCCCAGCACAGCAGGGUAUAACACCCUCACAUCCUGCCAAUCAACAGCUGGUACCUCAACGUUACCCAGUUCCCCAUCAAGACAAGCCAAAUUCUGGGGCAGUGACAUUCCCUGGCACUCUUCCCAUGGCAACUCCACAGCCAGUGCAAACUAUGCCUCCACCAAUGAGUCAGUCAUCAUCACCACAAAUUCUAACUCAUCCAGCAAGGACAAUUAUACAUUCGUUACCUCCCGGUUCAGUAUCACAGAUGACCCCAGCAAUGCCAUUUGCUCCUCAUCCAAGACACCCAGCGCCUCCUGCUAAUGCUUUAGCAACUGCUGUUCAACAAAUGCCAGUAGUGGGAUCACAAACCACAACUCCAGUGUCACAUCAUAUACCACCCUCCAGCAGCCCUGCUGUCAGUCAGUUACCAGGUGCUGUGAUAUCUUCAGCUGCUCCACCCAUGCCAUCACCAGCACCCUCUCCACAGCCCUCUGUUGUUGCACCACCUCCUGUGGUCCACUCAUCCACUGUGCCGACUUCUGCUGCCAUGCCACAAAGACCUCCCCCAUCAUUGACACCUGGAACAACGCCUUUAACCCAAGGAUCUACGGAUGUUGUUUUCCAACGGCAGAGUUCCUCCACAGAUGAUCUUCUUUCGUCAAGUCCAGAGAGCCAACAUGGUGGCUCCAAAACUUCAGUUGGGCAGCCAUUGUUGCAACCCACUAAGGCUGAUUCUAAGGAUGGACAGAAGCCAAAAGGCAUUCAAUUAAUAGAAAAUGACCCAUAUGAGAAACCUGAGCAUAUCAUGAGACUGCUGUCAGAAAUUGAUCGCUUCCGGACUGUAGUUGGAGCUCUCGACAAACCAGUUCUUGGUGCAGCAACACAACUAGACUCCAUGUGGAAAGACUUUCAAGAUGCUCAGGAGAAAGAAGCAAGACAUCUAUCAAUUGCCAUCGCUCGCUGCUAUGCUAUGAAGAAUCGGCACCAGGAUAUAAUGCCAUAUGACAAAAACCGCAUUGUGCUACAGUCAGGCAAGGAUGAUUACAUUAAUGCUAGUAGGAUUGAAGACCUGUCUUCAUACUGCCCAUCCAUGAUUGCAACACAAGCCCCACUUGUGGGCACAGCUUCAGACUUCUGGCUAAUGAUACACGAGCAGAAGGUCUCCCUGAUUGUCAUGCUGGUGUCUGAGCUGGAGAUUGAGAAGCAAAAGGUUGUACGAUACUUUCCUGUAGAGCGGGGUCAGCCCAUGGUCCACGGACAUAUCACGCUCACUCUUACCAGCCAAAAAGUCACCGACACGCAUGUGGAAAGAGUUAUCUCCCUGCAAUACAAGGAUCAAAGUCUGAAACGAUCUAUUAUCCAUUUGCAGUUCACUUCUUGGCCUGAGCUGGGACUUCCGGACAGUAAGGGGAACUUGCUGCGCUUCAUUCAGGAUGUGCACAGCCAUUAUCUGCACCAAAGACCACUACAUACACCCAUCGUUGUUCACUGCAGCUCGGGCGUGGGACGUACCGGGGCAUUUUGCAUUAUGUAUGCAGCUGUGCAGGAAAUCGAGGCUGGCAAUGGGAUCCCAGAUCUAGGUGAACUUGUGAAGAAGAUGAGACAGCAGAGGAAGCACAUGCUGCAGGAGAAGCUACACCUAAAGUUCUGCUAUGAAGCUGCCCUGAAGCACGCUCAGCAGGUCCUGCAGAGACACGGCAUCUGCACCCCAUCCUCCAUUAAACCCCAGCACAACACAUCACAGAGAAUGUACACCUUGCAAGACCCACAGGACAUCGUGCUGGGAGGGGACAUGCCCAUCAGCUCCAUCCAAGCAACCAUUGCCAAGCUGAGCAUUAAACCAUGCUCUGGUGUAACAGAGUCUCCCAACCAUUACCAGUUGCCGCCUCUUCCUGAAUCCAAUCUAAUUGACCAAAUGGCAAAUGAUCACUUACUACCAAGUUUGCCUUCAAAUUAUUCUCAACCUGAUUCAGACAUACAAGUAAGUUUGGAGCAGCCACCAUUCCAGGUCCAACCUCAGGCUGUCUCUAAUGGUAAUUCCAUGCCAAUAGCUGACAUUGCCCCAGAGUCCAGUAAUCAUUACGCCCCAUCAACAGGGGGUUCAACACCUGACGCUGACCCUUCCUCUGGUGCUGCCUCUACAGGGCCUUCAUCUUCAUCCCUCAAUCUUCUGGCCUCCAUGACACCCGAGACCUUUAAUUUGGAUAGCCCACAGAGAGGAAAGCAAAAGAUAAGCAGGCAUAGCUUUCUGCAGCCACAGAAUGGUGGACUGCUGAUCCGAGGCACUAACGCUGCUGAUGACCCACUCAACAUGUUGGACCCUCUGUGGACAUUGAAUAAAACCUAAACCACACCACAUUACAAAUGGUUUUGGCUUUGCCCUAUAGUUGGUAACAAACAUUUUGUGGGCAUCUUUACUUCACUCCAUGAUACCUACGUUUCACAGUCUGGGUUACUUUGCGUCCAAGCCUGUGGAAUGCCAGAUUCUGCAGCUUCUACUGGAUGGCUCGUACCAUUUGAGUCCUUUAACCCACAACCUCUGAAAAGUCAACACUACUUUCUAUGCAGCAAGGAUUGAAACCAUACAUGACAUGAUUUUACUCUGGCCACACUCACAGUCACUGAUAACUUUCACUACAGCCUUAACCUGUGGUCUGCUCAUGGGUUACCAUGGAAGGCAAUCUUUCUAACUAACCACCAGAUGCAUGCAUUCUCGGCAAGAUGUAGGGCUGGUCCUUUCCCAGAGCAGGGACAAGUAACUGAAUUCCUUCAGUGUGUGACACUGUGUAGGAGUAAAACUGAGAGUAUGGGCCUUAUGUUCUGCUGGGCACUUAUGUAAAGUGUUUGAAAAUGUUUUGGUUCUGGUUAAACCAAUCAGAGGUUUUUCACGAAACCCUCAGCCUUUGCUGUAUAGAGAAAGACUAAGUAUGUGCACUCUAGCUAAGAGAGCAGUUUGUUUAGGAAGCGGGAAGGAUUGGCUUUGUGAUGUCUGCCUACUGGCAUUAACUUUUCCUCUAAACGGUUGGCACAAGAAUUAAACAAUGCGCAAUAUUGUACUGUUUGCAGCUCCGAAGUCUUCCACUCACAGGAAAUUUCCUAAAUUAAAUAAAUUAAAACGAAGUGGAUUUCCAUUUUGUGGAAUAGAAGACUUCUUAUAUGAUCAAGGAUGGAUUCAGGAACAAUUUUACUGUAAAUAUUGUCCAUUGCAGUGCCCAUGGGUGUGAUGUCUAUCCUGUUUCACUGGUAUGGCCUGCCUGCCCAAUCUCUGUAGGUCAUAAUGCUGUGUUUCAUUCCUGAUCCAUAGAGCUGUUUGCAAAUGCUGUCAUUUAUCCACCACUUUCUGUGCUGAUAACGUUGUCAACAACUAAUGCAGGGUAAUGCCUGUCCUUUCCAAAGGUCUGUGUCUUUUAACCCCUUAAGGACCAAACUUCUGGAAUAAAAGGGAAUCAUGACAUGUCACGCAUGUCAUGUGUCCUUAAGGGGUUAACCAUCGUCAACAUAGCCAGAUUGAACUGCAUGAAGUCAGGAUGUUCUCCAGCCAUUAGUUUGCCUUAUUACCAUUGCUAUAUCACAAAUUGUAAAUGUGAAAAUGAUCCAACUUUCCCCACCCUGGCCAGUGCUUAGUGGUGCAGUCCUGCCAUUUUAAGGAUCCGAUCACUAUAAAGCCAUCUUUAUCUGCUGCGUUUAUCAAAUCCUUUCUUUUUCACUACUGCUCAACGUGAAAAUAGUACACAUUGCUACAGCUUUAUUUAGUCCUUUUUUCCUGCUUGUUUUUUGUAUUUUUUUUUUUUUUGAAUUAUUAUAUUAAGACCCUAAAUGAGACUGGAAAACACAUGCAGUGUAUGCUGGGAUCUCUAUAUCCAGCGCAGUAUGUAAAGUUACCGCUAAACAGAUUUUAAAUUAUGAAAUAAAUAAUUAAAAUU